GUGUCCGCCAGACUGCCGAGCGCGCCGGGCCUCCCGCUUCCCCGCGCCUCGCUCGGCCACGCCGCGUACGACUCUACCAAACCUCAAGUUCGCUACCGUCGCGAGUGCACUAUGACACUAGUGAGCUAGCGGGCCGCUGUGACGGUGUCAAUAAUCUAUGUGUAUGUGUUCACGUGCUAGUGUGUUGUGUUAGGUUGGGCCCGUGACGAAAAACGUUCGUGGUGGCCAGCGGAGCCUUACACCCGGGCUCGGGGCGAGCUUUCAUGGCUCAGCCUAGGUACGACGAGAGCCUUCACGGCGGAGGUUACAUGGAGGGCGGCGCGAUGUACCACGAGCACCGGCUCACGCACCCGCACCUGCCGCCCGUGCACUACCCGCCGCCGGCGGCGCCGACGCACGCGCUGCCCGGCGAGCCGCUCGUGCACAAGCGCGACAAGGAUGCCAUAUACGGGCACCCGCUCUUCCCCCUCCUGGCGCUGAUCUUCGAGAAGUGCGAGCUGGCGACGUGUACCCCGCGGGACCCCGGCGUGGCGGGCGGCGACGUCUGCUCCUCCGAGUCCUUCAACGAGGACAUCGCCGUCUUCAGCAAACAGAUUCGUCAAGAAAAACCUUAUUACAUAGCAGACCCAGAGGUCGACUCAUUAAUGGUGCAAGCGAUACAAGUGCUACGGUUUCACCUAUUAGAAUUAGAAAAAGUACACGAGCUGUGCGACAACUUCUGCCACCGCUACAUCAGCUGCCUGAAGGGCAAGAUGCCCAUCGACCUGGUGAUCGACGAGCGGGAGUCGGCGCGGCCGCCCGACGCCAACGGCGAGCCUCGCUCCGCGCCCGACUCGUCGCACGACGGAGCCAGCACCCCCGACGUCGUGAGUACCCCCUACACCAAAACCCAUCUCAUACAAAGGCGCGAUCCCCAGCUUGCACCCAACUCAACCACGAGCUACCUCGUCCACCCCUGCUCUUAGUCUGGCCAUUGCAAAAACGAAGUACACAAAGGGGGUGCUCGCAAUUUAGUCCCAAUUUCCUCCUAAUGCUUUUUUGUAACGCAGCCUCGAGGGUACCCCCCUCGAGGCCGCGCCUUCCCUUACAAAUCUUCGUUUUUGCAAUUGGCCAACCUCUUGCACUGUUCCGAUACUAUUCGAACCUUAAAACCUUGACAGUGAAGGGGUACACUGGGUGCGGUGGUAGCAACCACUCUCGCAUGAUAUUUGCGCCGAUAUUCGUUUGUUUUGCACCGGAAUUCAUGUAUACGAUUGAAAAAUAUAAAAAAAAAACAUACGUAUAACGUUGAUUGUAAUAUGUGUAUACUAAUAACGUUAGAGUAAUUUUAACUGGAGCCGCUGACAGGCAAACCCAAUCCAACGCCAUACUUAGCUACGCGUUCCGAGCUUAGAUUAAAUAAAAACUAACUAAUUAGAUGUAUUUGAAAAAACUAUUCGAAAACGAAGUAUACGUAAAAAUACAACUUUAACUUGCCUAAGUGAGAUAAUAAGGUUUACUUAAGAAUUUUAAAUUAUUGUAAUUGAUUUACGGUGGUAGAUGCUAGAGUGUUAUUGUUUUGGCUAGUAAAUAAUACAACAUAAUAUACGUACAUAGUUGAUAUUCUGAUCUAUUACGUUUACUAAACGAUAGAAGCACAAGAAUACGGUUUAGUUAGUGAAAACAAAAAUACGUAUGCAAGUAUACGCUAGGUGUAAUGUCCACGGACUCUAUAAAUAUAUGUAUGUGCGUUCCGAUAGGAUAUAGUUGCUUCACAGAUAUUUAGCGGUGGCGUUGAUUGUGUUCCACGAUUCCCCUUUCUCCUCUUUAUAACUAGAUGGAUAAGAUAAUUACGUUUAUUGCUGUAUUUUUGUACAUUGCAUGUUGUUCCCGGCAGCACACCGCCGGACGAUUCCUUUCAGUUCGAUUGUUUGAUAAUUUUAAGGAUAUUUUUGGGCGUUGAGACUGAAUUGUUUUGUUUGUGUUAUAUAUUAUUAUUUCCCAUUUUGUUAAAAUGAGCCAUGUGUCCGCGGAGCUUCGCUACUGUCCGCGCAGGACAAUAUUUUAUUAUACUAAAAUUAGUUAUUUUUGUCUGUAUAUGAGUUUUAACAAUAAAAUUUGUGUAGUUGAUCACUUAAGUUAGGUCUAGUGUACGUUGCGGUAGUAGUCUGGAGACUUAAUUUCUUAAAUCUAACU